AUGAUGAUAUCAUAUUUCAGCGGGGCAGCUUCGUUUCUGAUGGUAUGGAUAGUAUAUGCGUGGGCUAAGAACGAAGUGACUUGGAUGAGAUUGAGGAGGUUUGGGAGGAAGCAUGGAUGUGAAGAACCGAAAGUGUUGAAAAAUGAAUUGCCUGGGGGAAUAGAAAGAUAUUGGGGGAUGCUCAAGUUUAAGAAGGGUAUGGACAUCCUCGAAGACCACAUCCGCGCACGCUAUCUCAAAAUGGGCGUCGGCACCUACCGAAUCUUCAACCCCUUCCACUCCCUAAUAUCAACCUCCGACCCCGAAAACAUACAAGCGAUCCUCGCCACCAACUUUACCGAUUUCGAGCUCGGCCCCAGCAGAAGCCAAAACAUGUUUGAGCUACUCGGCCAUGGCAUUUUCACUGCAGAUGGCGAGGCAUGGGCGCACUAUCGUCAACAACUCAAGCCUCAAUUUUCCAGAGAUCAAAUAAGCGAUCUCGAAGCCGCAGAUCACCAUCUCCAGAUUCUCUAUCGAGCACUUCCUCGAACGAGUUCGGAGGAGGUGGAUCUCCUUCCUCUUUUACUACGUUUCACAAUGGACGUGAGCACGGAAUUUCUCUUUGGAAAAUCAGUCAAUAGUCAAACGACCGCUCUGCAAUCCAUUGACUCGGAUAAUAAAACAGAAUUGCAAGCUGAGGAGAAAUUCGUACAAGCAAUGUCUUAUUCCCAAGAAUAUAUCAUCUUCCGCGUGCGACUCUUUAAAUUCUGGUGGCUGGCGCGUUCGCAGAAGUUUCUGGAUGCGUGCCAGAUCUGUAAAGACUAUUCCGCUGAUUUCGUACAGAGGGCCCUUUCUUCUACUUCUCCCAAGUCCUCUUCACCUGUGUCUCCAUCCCCUAAACCUUCCUCACCCGAAUCCACCCCCAACCAAAAAGAAAAAUACAUCCUCCUCAACGCUCUCACCGUCCAAACCCGCAACCCCACCGAACUCCGCGAUCAAAUGCUGCACCUUCUCCUCGCCGGCCGGGACACCACCGCCGCGCUCCUCGCCUGGACCCUCCUCCUCCUCUCCCGCAAUCCCACACGCUACACCCACUGCCGUUCUAUAAUCCUCUCGCACUUCGGCCCUCUAUCUUCUUCCUCCUCAUUAACUUUCACCACCUUAAAAGCAUGUAAACCACUAACCCACAUUCUUUACGAAACUCUCCGGCUUUAUCCUCUCGUUCCUAUGAAUUCUCGUGUCGCGAUUCGCGAUACCGUGUUACCGGUUGGUGGGGGGAGGAAUGGGGGUAAGCCGGUGGUGGUUAGGAGGGGAGAGAGGGUUACGUAUAGUACGUAUGUGAUGCAUCGGAGGGAGGAUAUAUGGGGGGAAGAUGUGUUGGAGUGGAGACCUGAGAGGUGGGAGGGGAGAAAGUUGGGGUGGGAGUUUGGGGGGUUUAGUGGGGGGCCGAGAGUGUGUAUUGGUCAACAAUACGCACUCACCGAAGCCAGUUUCGUAAUCACGCGUUUCCUCCAAAAAUACGAGAAAAUCGAAGCAGUUGAUAUGAGUGGAGAAGAUGCGAUGUUGGGGAAGAAAUUAAGUUUGACUAUGUCGCCUUAUGAGGUGAGGGUUAGGUUGUUUGCUGCUGGGGAGUAG